AUGGUUUCAUCACAAGCACAACCAUCUGCAACGUCUCUUACUCAAGAAGCUAACAGUUUUCAGAGUCUAUCAGUUUCUGAUCUAAAUACUCAAAAUUCUCUAGCCGAUAAAUUUCGAUCCGGAAUAAAAUGGAUCAUCAGUCCACUUCGACAGUGUUGUUCAUCAUCUACGUCAACUAAUCGUUCGUCGCUGAAACCAAUUACUGAUUCUCGAUGUUUAAAACCUGAAUUCAAUCGAGUAAAUGGUUUUUUGAAAUAUUUCUCUUUCGGUGUUAUGUUUACCAAUGGCAUAUUAGGCUUCAUUCUAUUUUUCAUUGGUCUAUGGAGUUCAUUCGAACAUCGUAAAAUUAGUCAUAUGCCAACAAUUAAUCAACGGCAGUCGAGUUGUUUGGGCAUCAAUCGAGAGAAUUUAAAUCUACUUCGCAUAUCGAUUGUUGGUCAAUUUUUGACAUUGGUCAUUUUUUUAUCAUCGGCAACAAUCAUAUUAGUAUGGGGUGGACGGAUUCAUCAUAAGAUCGGUGAAACCAUGAUGACUGGAUUGAAAAUGCAUUAUCAUAUCGAUGAAGGAUGGGCAGCGUUUUUCGAUAAACUUCAAAAAAGUUAUUUUUGUUGUGGUGUAUACUCAUUCGAUGAUUGGAACAAUAAUCCAAACUAUGCAUGUACACAAUCGAAUCUUCAUCAAAACAUUGAUGCUUGUUCAGUACCUCUUACCUGCUGUAAAACUCCUUCAAAAAAUGAUCGACACGCCAAUUCGCAGCUGUUGACGUUUGAUUGUGGUCAAAAUGUCUCGUCUAUAAACAAUACACCAGUGGAUAUGAAUGAAAUUCAAGAACGCAUCAAUAUCAAUGGAUGUUUCGAUGAAAUCUUACCCGUCAUUCAACAAUUAAUCAUUACAACUGGUGUAUUCCUGCUAUUGAUCUGUAUUAUCAUAUUUGUUACGAUCUUUCUGACUUAUUUACUGGCAUUUGAAAUUCGUCUAACGAAAUCCGACGUGCAACGGUAUUGUCAGAAGCAGAGACGUAGUUACACAGACGAUGACACAUUCUAA